AUGUAUGCUGAGAAAACUGUGACAGAGGGGAAGAUGGGUGGCAGGGGAAUCUCUCUGACCUGUGUGUUGACCCCAUGUCGGGUGGCUGGGGUGUGUGUGACGCUCAUGAUGUUGGGAGCCAUUGGAGCAGCUGUCUGGGCCGUAGUCACAUAUUGCACCAUGGAGGAGGACACAGGACUGUACGAUGUCCAGGUGAAUUCUGCUGACCAGCGUCUUCGAGUGUUUGACUCCGCCCAGAGGAGGUGGCGUCAGGUGUGCUCCUCCUCAGCCAAUGAGCUGCUGGCUAGCAUCAGCUGUGAGGAAGUGGGAUUUGUCAGUGUGGUGAAUUACUCAGUAGCAUCUGUCCCAGAGGCCAGUAAUGAUGGAGGAGAGUUCUUCUGUGUCAAACAAGAAGAGCUCAGCUACGGCAAGAAAAUCAGAGACUCCUUGUUUCCAUGUGACUGUGAGAGCAGAGAGGUUCUCACGCUGUUGUGCCAAGACUGCGGCAGGCGCAGCUUGACAGAAGACCGGAUCGUGGGAGGUGUGGACGCCAGGCAGGGUAGCUGGCCGUGGCAGGUCAGCUUGCAGUACGAUGGAGUCCACCAGUGUGGAGGAUCCAUUAUCUCAAACCGCUGGAUCGUCUCUGCAGCACACUGCUUCCCUGAGCGGUAUCGCUAUGUGGCUCGCUGGCGUGUGCUCCUGGGUUCGAUCUACAAUAAACCAGUCAACGCCAACGUGGCAGAGGUGAAGACCAUCGUCUACCACAGCAGCUACCUGCCCUUUGUAGACGCCAACAUUGAUGACAACAGCAGGGACAUCGCCGUGCUGGCCCUCACUCAGCCUCUCACCUUCACCGAAUACAUCCAGCCUGUCUGUCUGCCAGCCUACGGUCAAAGACUGAUAGAUGGACAGAUGGGAACAGUAACAGGCUGGGGAAAUGUAGGAUACUAUGGUCAUCUAGCAGAUGUUCUCCAGGAAGCGAAUGUCCCCAUCAUCAGUGACGCUGUGUGUAACGCCCCGGAUUACUAUGACAACCAGAUCACCACCAGCAUGUUCUGUGCUGGCUUUGAGAAGGGAGGAAUAGAUGCCUGCCAGGGGGACAGCGGGGGUCCUUUUGUGGCAGAUGACUGCCUUUCUAAGACCAGCAGGUAUCGUCUGCUGGGGGUGGUGAGCUGGGGAACAGGCUGUGCCAUGGCCAAGAAACCUGGCGUCUACACCAGAGUGUCCCGAUUCCUGCCUUGGAUAUCUACUGCCAUGAGGAACUAUCACAACUCCCCAGGUGUUCACAAGAUGGCCCGGACAUGAGAUUGCUGCACCCAAUUUCCUCCUUUUUUUAUUCUUGGAA